AUGANGUCACGGGGGGGGAUCAGGACGGGUCGGGGAGGCAGCAGCGUCGUUGUGUCGUCGAGAACGAAGCCGACGGCAGGAGCUACUGACCCAGCCUGGGCGCCACCACGUCGUACCGGCUACCCGUCCUACACCUUGAGCGCCGGGGGCCAGCGGGGGAAGUCGUCGGCCGUGCGCCGCGUCCUGCACUACGACCACCUCGCGGCGCCAAGACUGGCCAAAAAGAAAGAUAGAGGAGGUCCGAGUUACAGCAGCGCGGAGCAGGCCUUCCGCGCGUGCCUCUGUGCCAGGUCCAAGUCGUGGGACCAUGGGGGGAGAGACCUGAGCAGCUCGGGGUCCUCAGGUUCCUCCUACAAGUCCUUAGAUAACUCCAACGAGUUCCUGCCCAGGACCCCGCCCAAGAUCAGGAGAGGACUGUUCAUCGAAGGGGAUUCACCAUCCAAGCUGGACAGACAGGUUUUCUCAGCGAUACAAGGCUUGGACGUCGACGUCCUGAAGUAUCCCAGCGUUCACAAGUGGAAGAGCACAAUGAUCUCAUACUCGACUUCAGACAUGCAGAGCUGGCCCAGCCCUGCGGUGGUGAAACCAGGCCUCAGGAUGCCUCCGACCCCCGGCUCCCCGGCACGCUUCAGCCCCGCCCGGCACGCCGCCUCUCCAGACUUCAGCCCCAGCCGCUACAGCCCUGCCAACGCCAGCUACAUCCAGCGCAUCCGCCUCAAGCACUUAAACGAGCCAUCGGUCUAACUGCCCCUCCCCCCCUCUACGGCCAUGCUCUCCUCCCCCGCCCUCCCUUUACAAAUCCAGCUGCAACAAGGUGGCUACACCCGAGCUCAGAAAACACAACAGAAAUAUGCACAAGCGUCUGGAUUUGUAUUUACGAUGUAUGGUACUACUCUAAUGUCAAACAGGAAUUUUCAUCACGUUGGGUUGUGAUGUCCACUGGAGACGUUAAAAAAGAUCAUUUAUGUUGUGGGUGUGGACAAUGUUGAAUUGACGGUAAUGUUAUUUGUGGCAAGUGUGAAGCACCUGUGUCAUAGCCUGAGUCAACUUCUUUUGUGAAAACAAGCCGCACUCCCCAAAGUUAGUUCAUCGCAAAAACCUCAGCGAGGAAUCCUCAACAGGAUCGGCCCACUGAGGAUGUUCUUUAAACAAAAAAAAAGAAAGUAAAAAUGUUAAUAUUUUAAAAGUUAUUUUUUGUAUGUUGGUCAGUAGCACAAAAUGUAAGUGUUUUUAUUAAUGGUGUUAAAACCGACUGCCAUUUCCUAUGUUUUCCUCAGUUCAGGAAUUGCCUUAAUUUUCUGAUAUCUGGACACUCUCUCUCGAGGUCACACGUGAAACAGAUGGCUACGGCAAACAUGGGAAAAACCUGAUUAGAUUGAGAUGUUUUUUAUUUGUUUUCUUCAAUAAAUGCAUACAUUUUCCAUCUUUUCUCGGUGGUUCCUGGA